AUGGCAAUAUCCAGCGGCGUGCAUAUGCACGCUCAAUGCAUCUCCCAAUCUGAGGCUAGAUCCCUCGUCGCGAAGUUCGUCGGCAUCCUAGGCCGUACCGACCGCAACGCAGCUUCCACCGCCCAGACCAUCCUCACCCAAGACUUCAAAGAAUACUCCAACUCAAUCUUCUCCCUCAAGGGCCAAUCUCUCACUUCGUCCGGGCUCGUUGCCUCCUCGCGCCAAGCCUACCUCGAGGAAAUCGGCGGAGCACCAGCCCCACCGCGCGGUAUCGAGACCCUCGACAUCAUCGCUUCAUGUGAUAAGGUUGUCUGGUUCUGGAUUUCCCAGAAUGUUGGUAGUGGGCUACAGCCUGUGAGAGGCUUCAACUUGUUCAAGGUUAAGAGGAAUCGGAAAGGCCAAUGGCAGGCUUAUAGUCUGGAUGUGGAGUUCGACAGUAUUGCUUGGGGAGUUGACAUUGGGAUUAAGGUCACUUAUCAGAAUGGGACUGUUGUGCCGAAGUAG